GGGACCUUGGUCAAACUUGUUUAUUUUGAACUAAAGGACAUCACCACUGAAGAGGAGGAGGAGGAAGUGGAAAAUCUCAAAAGCAUCCGCAAAUAUCUGACGUCAAACGUAGCCUAUGGAUCUACAGGCAUUCGGGAUGUGCACCUUGAACUAAAGGACCUUACCCUGUGUGGACGUAAAGGCAGUCUGCACUUUAUACGCUUUCCUACUCAUGACAUGCCUGCUUUUAUUCAAAUGGGAAGCGAAAAACACUUCUCAAGCCUCCAUACUACCUUAUGUGCCACAGGAGGUGGAGCGUACAAAUUUGAGCAGGACUUUCGCACAAUGGGUGACCUUCAGCUGUGUAAGGCAGAUGAACUCGAUUGCCUUAUUAAAGGAGCUUUGUACAUUGAUUCAGUUGGAUUCAAUGGACAUUCCGAGUGCUACUAUUUUGAGAACCCGAUGGAUGCCGAAAGAUGUCAGAAGCUCCCAUUCAACUUGGAGAAUCCAUAUCCUCUCCUUUUGGUGAACAUUGGCUCAGGGGUCAGCAUUUUGGCUGUGUAUUCAAAAGAAAACUAUAAAUGGGUAACGGCACCAGCAUCGGAGGGGGAACCUUUUUUGGUCUCUGCUGCCUUCUUACCGGUUGCUCCACCUUUGAAGAGGCUCUAGAGAUGGCGUCCCAUGGAGACAGUACCAAAGUGGACAAACUGGUGCGGGACAUUUACGGAGGAGACUACGAGCGAUUGGGAUUGCCAGGCUGGGCCGUAGCGUCCAGCUUUGGAAACAUGAUGAGCAAGGAGAAGCGGGAAUCUGUCAGCAAAGAGGACCUCGCGAAGGCUACUUUAAUAACCAUCACUAACAACAUCGGCUCCAUAGCACGGAUGUGUGCACUUAAUGAGAACAUUAAUCGAGCAGUGUUCGUUGGCAAUUUCUUUCGGAACAAUGCAAUUUCGAUGAGGCUUCUGGCGUAUGCUUUGGACUACUGGUCGAAGGGACAGUUAAAAGCACUUUUCUUGGAACAUGGGCCGCAGUUACCACAGUGCCCGCUGCAGGGUCGGAAAAACGGGGAUAUUGUUCCAGUAGCCAAUACCGGAAUUGUUUACCACCAAGCUCAUCUUGCUCAUGAGCUUUCUUUUAAGUCUGUUGACGAGACGAAAGGUCACGUAAGACUUUCUGAUCGUGGGACACAUUGUCACAUUCAAAACCUUGAUAAAAACAACAUUUCCUCCGUGGAAGUGUCUCGUAAUGAAGAGAGUCCAACUUCCACUACUACCGCAGGUGAAGCGGGGGGCAACUGGCUGCAGGCGUGCUACGAGCCCUGCCUUGCCCCAGGCGCUGCCCGCAGCCACGCACCGAGCCCUCAG